AUGUUUUUUUCAUUUAAUAAACUUUUCACAAUGUCAGACGCUCCGUCCGGAAAAUUAGCACAUCAUAAAGCUGAAUCAUAUGAAUCUACUACAAUAACGAUAUUUAACUUACCAAGAUUCGUUAAACCAAAGCAACUGAAAGAGGCAUUUGAAAUUUUAUUUGAAACAACUGUAAAAGAAGUUGAGAUACCAUUAGAUAUAGCAGAUCAUUCGUUUGGUGUUGCUUUUGUCGCCUUUGAAGAUUCAGAAAUAAAAGAAAAAUUACUUGAUUUACAAAGACAAGAUCAUUAUAUUUUCCUACGAACUGAAUUGUGGAAUGGUCCACUAAUCAUCAAGCCUUAUCCAUUUUUAAACAUUUAUACAGGGGAAGAAGAAGAAAAAAUUGAGAUUCUCAUGGCGACGAAUGAUUCCGUUCAUAAAUUGGCACAACAAAUUGGAAACAUAUAUGUUACUAACGAACAACAAUUAAAUAAACAACUUAAACAAAACCUCGACGAUUUGAAGGCAGAAAAUAUAGAAAAAGAAAUUGAACGUCUUGAAAAUGAAGCUAAAGAAAAAGAAGCUGAAGCUAAACAAAAAGAAGCUGAAGCACAUGAUGCCCGAGAAAAAAUUAAAAUACUUCGUCAAUCAUUGAAACGACCACUUUCAGAUGAUUCAUUUCAGCAGCGUGUUCAUUUAAAUCAGAUUGAUUUGAAUUAUCAAGGUGAUCAUCAGGGUCAAGAUCAACUAUUAUAUCAAGUGCUUGACGAUAAUUGA